GCUCGACAGUAGACUGCAAUGGCUCAGCAACAGAAGCAGAAGUUCGCGCUGAUUACAGGGUGCACACCCGGAGGCAUUGGGCACUUCCUUGCAUUGGAGUUUGCUGAGAAGGGCUUCCAAGUUCUGGGAACUGUUCGCGACCCCUCGAAAUACACCUCGCCGCACCAGAACAUCACGUUCCUGCCGCUGGAGCUCACAAGCAUUGAUUCGAUCCGGGACCUCCGCAAGCGCGUCACCGAGAUAACGGGCGGCAAGCUCGACAUCCUCUACAACAACGCUGGGCGGAACUACGUGGUACCUGCGCUCGACUAUGACACCGACGAGCUCCACGAGCUGUUCGAGGCCAACGUCUUUGCCGUGAUGCACAUGUGCCGGGAGUUUACUCCACUCCUGAUCGAGGCCAAGGGCACGAUUGUCCAGACCGGUUCGGUCGCCGGAAUCCUACCGUACGUGUGGGGCGGGCCAUACAACGCCUCGAAAGCCGCACUGCACUCAUACACGAAUACGCUGCGAGUCGAGCUUGCGCCGCUCGGCGUGCGCGUGGUCAAUGUGAUCACCGGCGGCGUGAAGUCGAACAUCGCACGCACCCACCGCGAGCUACCGGCAGGCUCAUACAUGCAGCCCCUCGCCGCCGAGUACGAGAGCCGGUUGACGCACAGCCAGCAGCUCGGCAUGGACACCAAACAGUAUGCAAGCAGCUGCGUGAGGCAGGUGCUGCGAGGAGACGGCUGGUUUGGCCGACAGAGAGAGAUCUGGGAGGGCAAGAUGAGCUGGAUUGUGUGGUUUGGGUGGAAGUGGAUGCCGACGAAGAUCUUCGAUUGGUACUUCACCUACGUCUUCAGGCUUGGAAAGCUGAGGGGCACUGUUGGACCCAACAAGAAGACUUUGUAGACUCUAAUCAACCCAUUGUUGUGCUUGAACAUCUUGAGAUAUUUUGUAAUCUCCGAGCAUGCAAACCAAACGAUGCCAACCACCUUCAGCCGAAUUAUUUUCAGGUGUCAGGGACCGUGAGCUCGGCUAUAUGGACGUCUGUGCAUUCGCGGAGUGCGGGUUAAGGCGGGGUAAGGUCGCAGGCAGAAGAGCCUCCAGACAGCC